AUGGCUGAAGCGGGCCUCUUCUCCGACGACCUCAUCUCUCCCACAGUCGCCUCCUCUCUCCCCGAAGGCUACGUCGUUCGCUCCCUCCGCCUGUCCGACCAAAAGGGCUUCCUCGACUGCCUGCGCGUCCUGACUACCGUCGGCGAGAUUUCCGAGCCGCAGUUCGCCGAGCGUUACAACUGGCUGGCCAAGAGCGAUGGAUAUUACAUUCUCGUCAUCGAGGACACGAGCAGGAAAAUGGUUGUCGGAACCGGUGCCUUGAUCGUCGAGCGCAAGUUUAUCCACAGCCUGGGCCUCGUCGGGCACAUUGAGGACAUCGCCGUGGCAAAGGACCAACAGGGCAAGAAGCUCGGUCUGCGCAUCAUCCAGGCUCUCGACUACAUCGCCGCGAAGGUCGGAUGCUACAAGAGCAUUCUCGACUGCAGUGAGGCCAACGAAGGCUUCUACGUCAAGUGCGGCUUCAGGAGAGCCGGCCUGGAGAUGGCACACUACUAUGAGGGAGACAAGAGUAAGGCCCAGUAG